GUGCAAAGUGACGCGCUUUCCUCCUCGAAACCUGCGAUCCUUUUUUUUUCCCUCUUGUGUGCAUACACUCCUUGCUUUCUUAAGGUUUAAACAUGACUGAAGACUCAUCCAAAUUACUGUUGAAGACUAGCUUCAAAUCGAUCAAGACGAUCGAGUCUAUUUAUACUGGUGGCAAAGUAGUUAUUACAAAAGAUGCCAAAUAUUUAAUCAGUACACUCAAUGAAGACAUCAUUGUCACUGAACUCGACACUGGCAAGCAAGUGUUUGAAUUAGAAGGUGAUACCGAAAUCAUUACUACUAUGGCUGUCAAGCCUGACAGUAAACACCUUGUCAGUGCUAGUCGUAGUCUAUUCCUUCGUGUUUGGGAUCUCGAAAAGGGAGAAAGCAUCCGUACACUCAAAGCACACGAAGCACCCAUCAUUGUAAUGGAUAUCGAUCCUACUUCAACUUUAGUCGCCACAGGUUCUGCAGACGCCACAAUCAAAGUAUGGAAUAUUGACAAAGGCUUUUGUACACACAACUUAAAGGGACACGGUGGUGUUAUUUCUGCUGUCAAGUUCCACAACUAUCAAGGCAAAUGGUACCUUGCCUCUGGUGCUGAUGACUGUCAAAUUCGUAUCUGGGAUCUUCAAUCUCGUAGUUGUAUUGCUGUAUUACAAAGCCAUGUCAGUGUCAUUCGUGGCCUUGAUUUCUCAGCAGACGGUAAAUAUUUAAUUUCAGGCUCCCGUGAUAAAGUAGUAAACGUAUGGGACUGGCAAGCAAAGACACUAAGAGCAACCUAUCCUAUUUUUGAAACGAUUGAAACUGUUGGAUUCUUGGAAAAGAACGUUAAGUUGGCUGCCAAGUUUGGCAAGAACUGGCAAGAUGCUGAUAUUUUUUACACUGCUGGUGAUUCUGGUCUUAUUAAGUUAUGGGAUCUUAAGAGUGGCAAAUUAAUCAAGGCCCAAGAACCUGAAAAGAACAGCAAGCAUACUAUUUCAGAUGUAGUUUAUAUCGAGAAGACACAAACAUUGGCAGCAGUGACCAACGACCAAAAUAUCUUGAUGUAUUCUUUAGAGAACAAACUAGAGCGUGUAAAGCAAAUUGUUGGUUACAACGAUGAAGUAGUGGAUGUUGUCUAUUUAGGUGAAAACGAUACGCAUUUAGCUGCUGCUACCAACAGUGCACAACUUCGAGUUUACAACGUGGAAACACAAGAUUGUGAUCUUUUGUAUGGACAUGACGAUAUGAUUCUUUCUAUUGACAGAUCGAAAGACGGUUUAUUGAUUGCAACAGCAUCAAAAGACAAAACAGCACGCUUGUGGAAGAUAGACAUGGCCAAUCCAGAUAAGUCCAUGCGCUUCCAAGCUGCUGGUCUUUGUGUUGGUCAUACAGAAUCUGUUGGUGCUGUUGCCCUUUCCCGUAAAUCUAAUUCAUUCAUGAUUACUGGUAGUCAAGACAGAACUAUCAAAUACUGGAAUUUAAGAGAUUUUGAUCUUGAAGACCUCGAUGAAGAUUACAGACCCAAAUCACUCUAUACACAUCAAGCACAUGAAAAAGACAUCAAUACCAUUUGCGUCGCACCUAAUGAUAAAUUCUUUGCUACAGGUUCUCAAGACAAAACUGCUAAAUUAUGGAAUGUGGAUACUGGUGAAUUAAUAGGUACUAUGAAAGGUCACAAGCGUGGUGUAUGGAGCGCACAAUUUUCCCCUGUUGAUCAAGUCUUGGCCACUAGUUCUGGUGACAAGACAGUCAAGAUCUGGAGUCUCAAGGACUUCACAUGUCUUAAGACAUUUGAAGGCCACACUAAUUCUGUCUUGCGUGUCAAUUUCUUGUCUGCUGGUAUGCAAUUAGUGUCAGCGGGUUCUGAUGGCCUUGUUAAAGUAUGGACUAUCAAGACAAAUGAAUGUGCUUCUACGCUUGACAACCAUACACAGAAAGUUUGGGCUUUAUCUGUUCGUAAAGAUGAAAAGUUUAUUGUCUCUGCUGGUGCUGAUUCUGUUAUCAACUUCUGGGAAGAUGUUACUUUGCAGGAACAAGAAGAAGAUCUGAAGGAGAAAGAACAAUUGAUUAUCAAGGAACAAGAAUUACAAAACUUUAUGCGUAAAAAAGAUUAUUUAAACGCUAUCUUAUUGGCAUUGUCGUUAGAGCAACCAUUCCGCUUAUUAGGAUUAUUUAGAGAAGUGUAUGAAUCCAGACCUGAAGGAGACAAAAGCAUUACUGGUUCUGAAAACAUAGACAUCAUUCUUGCCGAAUUAUCACUAGAAAACACUGGCAAAUUAUUGACUUACGCAAGAGAUUGGAACACAAAUGCAAAGCAUUCUGACAUUGCACAGGUUGUGAUCUAUGCUAUUCUUUCAUCUCGUACAUCAGAAGAAUUGGUUGAGAUUCCUACUGCAAAAGAGUUGAUUGAUGGCUUAUUACCCUAUACUGAUCGUCAUUAUCAACGUAUUGAUGAUCUUAUCACACAAUCCUUCAUUAUUGAUUAUACACUUCAAGCACAAAAAUAAUCUCCAUGUCAUAUUUCAUCAUGUACUGUAUAAUAGACUUAAACAUUAGCAAGCAAGCUCUUGCGUUUCAAAUUAUUUGGCAC